CUCUCGGCCACGUCCUACGAGGCAACAAUUCCGCAACACGCCGCAACACGAAACGAAAACCGUUGCUACCUUUACCGUUAAAACAUUUGCCUAUUUAUCAAUCAUGAUGUUCGAAUCUUGGCCGAUGAGCUUUGCAUAUUCCUAGACUUACGCGCAGUCAAGAUUACUUGUCAACUCUGCCUCAGCCGAUCCGCGUCACGGGAACAAUAAGAUAAUAAAAGGAGAAAAAAAAGGAGAAGAAAAAAAAAGGAAAAGAUAUACACCAAUCUUUCACGGUCCAUCUAACCACAAACGCAUCUCUCGAACAUCGUUAUCGUUAUUUUACGUCGCCCGCCAUGGUCGACGCGGUGCAACCUCGUGAUGCUUCCCCGAGCCCCUCACAACUUCCUCCCGUGCCGGGCUCGCCAACCUAUUCCUUCGCGUCUACUGCGAACCGCCUAUCAACCUACAACCUCCCUCUACCACCACCCCCGCGGCCGGCCCAUGCUAUCCUCUCCAAGACCGAUCUAGAAGCUUCGCAGACGGCAUACGCCGACCUGUUAGCCACUGCAAAGUCCUACCGUCUCGCCCUCGCCGCCCUUUCCGCCGCCUCCUCUGCCUUCGGCUCGGCCCUCGAGGCCUGCGCCCGCCUCAAGGAAGCCCGCGCCGAACCGAUCGGCCCCUCCCCCAACGCCGCCUCCCUCGUCGGUUCUUUCCACGCCUCCGCCGCCCCUUGCUCGGCCGACCCUCUGCUCUCGGCUUCAGGCGUCCACCACCUCGUGGCCAACCACCACCACAUUCUCUCCGAGACAGUCUACCGCAGCUUCGAGGUGCCCCUGCUCGACGAGCUCGACAAGUGGCGCCGGGCCAUGGAGGACGAGGACGAGAGCUACGUCAAGACCGUCCGCGACAAGAGCCGCGAGAUCCGCCGCCUCGAGAAGGAAGGCCUCAAGCUGCACCGCCAGCGCCGCCGCGACGUCGGCCGCUUCCGCGCCCACCUCGUCGACCUCACCACCAAGCUCGACGGCCUGACCGCCCUCCACGGCGACCACGCCCGCACCCUCCUCCGCGAGUCCCAGGAGACCAGCGCCAAGAUCGUCGACGCCACCUGCAGCCUCGUCCGCGCCGAGGUCGACAUCUUCGAGUCCCUCGCCCGGAAAGGCUGGACCGGCGGCGGGCUGGACGACUUGCUCGAGCGGGGGCAGGACCUCUUCGCCACCACCGACUUGCCCGACGACUAUGUCAGUGCGGCGGCCGGCGGGGUGGCCUCGAACGGGUCGUCGUCCAAGCUGUUCAGCAUCCUGCCGCCGCGGAGUAUACUCGCCGAUGCCGGGUCGGAUGCGUCCCGCCCGCUUGGGCACACGAGGAGCGAUAGCUUGCUGGUGGACGACGCGGAGCGGUACCAGAGUCUCGUGGGCGCCGCGGUGGCGUCCGGGCCGUCACCCGGAGGAGAUGCCGAAGACGCGGAGACGAGGAGCGUGUCUUCGGACUCUGGUCGUAAGAACAGACCCAGGGGAGCGAGGCCGUUUAGUCCGCAACCUAUCCGGCGGAACCCCACGGAUGUGCCGUUUAACGAUACCCUUGGCGAGCCUGCAGUCACACCAGAUGCAGCGGCAGACCAGGAGAUCAAGGCAGAUGAUGAAGACGAGGGUGGGGAAGGAGAGGAGAGGGAGGAGCCAACCAACGCGGUGCAAGUAUUAGGGGAUGCAGGAGAGUUGAAGAUGAAACAAAACGGCGACGGGCGGGAGGAAGACGAUCUAGAACACCAGCCAUGGAGAAACGAAGGCAAGGGUCAGUUGAGAGACAGUGAUACAAAUGAGGAGGACGAGCCUGCUAGGGAGAAUGUAACAAGAGGGAACGCGAGUGGUGAAGCCCUCCAACAAGCGAAGCAAGGGAACGAUGAGGAGAGAGGGCGGUCGAGGGAACGAGAUCUGUCUGAAGACGGUCCAGCUUGAUAAUUUUAGUGUUAACAUGUGGGGUGGUAGAGGUAGCGUGACUACCUAUGCUUUUGGUUAUGCGUUGUUUAUUAGGUAGCUUUAUACCCCUUUGCCUAUCUAUUUAGAGGCAUUCCAUGGCAUGGGUAAGGUAUCGUACGGAAGGGUUAGAGACUAUCCCCCAAUUGAAGGGAUAAGCAGACGGGGCGUUAAUACAGAUUGAUGUUUCCCCCUACA